CACGUAUGCCACAAGCCUUUUCUCCUCUUUCCACGUGUCCAACAAACAGACAACCACGUCAUUCCCAUCCCUGAACCAUCGCCGUUCCCUUAAACCUCUCACCGUUCGCUUUUACUCCGACGUUUACAGAGACUAUGCUCUUCGUUCCUUUCUCUCUCUAGAUCUUAAGCCCAAAUGUUGCACAAGGCUUCUCCCGCUCUCUCUCUCUUGAGCUCCGGCUACACCGGCGGUGGAAAUCUGUUUCCUCCGUCGAGAAAUUCGUCGAAUCUUCUGUUUUCUCCGAGUGGAUCCAGGUUUUCUGUUCAGGCGGCGAAAGGAACGAACACGAAGUCGUUAACCGGAGUUGUAUUCGAACCUUUUGAGGAGGUGAAGAAAGAAAUGGAGCUCGUUCCCACUACCCCUUUUGUUUCUCUCGCUCGCCACAAGUUCUCCGACGAUUCUGAAUCUGCCAUCAACGAUCAGAUCAACGUGGAGUACAACGUCUCGUAUGUCUACCAUGCCCUGUAUGCCUACUUUGACAGAGACAAUGUCGGCUUGAAAGGUUUCGCCAAGUUUUUUAACGAUUCGAGUCUUGAAGAACGAGGUCAUGCUGAGAUGUUUAUGGAGUAUCAGAACAAGCGUGGUGGGAGAGUGAAGCUGCAGUCUAUUUUGAUGCCCGUCUCUGAGUUUGAUCACGAGGAGAAGGGAGAUGCAUUGCAUGCGAUGGAGCUUGCAUUGUCUUUGGAGAAACUUACAAAUGAAAAGCUUCUGAAGUUACAAAGUGUUGGUGUGAAGAACAAUGAUGUUCAGCUGGUUGAUUUUGUAGAAUCUGAGUUUCUAGGCGAGCAGGUCGAAGCUAUCAAGAAAAUCUCAGAGUACGUUGCACAGCUAAGAAGAAUAGGAAAGGGUCAUGGAGUGUGGCAUUUUGAUCAAAUGCUUCUCAAUGAUGAGGUUUAAGGAAGGAGAGUUCAGCUUCUGAGUUUGAUGACAAUCUUCCUUGUGCUAUAUGGCACCGUUCUAUCUCUAUAACGACGUCUCUAAGUUUGGUCGGAGAAAAGUGUUCUUGCUCGUUCUUUCUUUUCUUUGUUUUUGGUUAACCGAAUGCUUGUGAGUGUGUACUUAAUAAUGUAACUCGUAGUCUGAUAAUAAAUGCAAGUCCCACUGUUUCA